GCUGCCUUCAUUAGUCAGUGUGUUGGUCUGUCUGCUUUCUCCAGAUCUACAGACCGUCACACGCGGGAGCAGGCUCUUUGCAGAGGAAGGACUUUGGGAAUCAGAAGCACUGGGAGAGACGGCGGAAUAAAGAAGGGAGGGAGAGCGGCAGCGAGCCCCAGAGAACGCAACAGACACACUUACAAUAUGAAAUUCAUCCUGCCUCGUUACUUGCUGUCCCUUUUCCCUGUUCUGGUUCUCAGCACCAGACAGGGCUACGAAGAACUGGAAAGACAACUUAAAGAAGUCUUUAAGGAAAGGAGCAACAUUCUCCGCCAGCUGUCAAAGACAUCCAGAGAACUUGAAGGAAUUAAAGUAAACCUCCAGUCUUUGAAAAACGAUGAGGCAUCUGCUAAAACUGAUGUACAGAAACUCUUGGAAUUAGGCCAAAAACAAAGGGAAGAAAUGAAAUCGCUCCAGGAGGCCUUUCAAAAACAGCUUAAUGAGGCAGCUGAGAAGGCAGAAAAGCAGCAGGCCACAAUUAACUUUUUGAAGACUGAAAUGGAAAGGAAGAGCAAAAUGAUCAGGGAUCUUCAAAAUGAGAACAAAAGCCUGAAAAACAAACUCCUUUCUGGAAGCAAGCUUUGUGGCAUUCAUGCUGAAGAGUCAAAAAAGAUCCAAGCCCAACUGAAGGAGCUUCGCUAUGGGAAAAAGGAUUUGAUUUUUAAGAUCUCUGGUCCAGAUCCCUACAAUCUAGGGCUUGUAGAGAAACACUUUUAUUUUCAGUCUGAAAUGAGUGUGUGCUCAAAGAAAAUUGGUUGGGAAGUGGUUUGUCAAAAACACAGAGCACAGCAGCUUACAGACUUGGAACAAAAACUAGCAAUUGCGAAAGAAGAAUUGGAGAAAGCAGCUCUUGACAAAGAGUCACAGCUGAAGGCUCUGAAGGAGACCGUACAACUCUGCCUGUCUUCAGUUUUGCACAACCAGCCUCCCACUACAAAUAUAAUCCCUUCAAGACCGACUGAGAGACAGACAUCCCCAGUUACAAAUGGUUCAAAAAUUCCAUUUCAAGUGACAAGCACCAAGCAAAGAGCUCCUGAAGACAAAGAGACUCUUCGGGUUUCCUCAAGAAAUGAAGAUAAUAAUCAAAGCACCUCGGAAUGCAACUCACAAGAUGUUGGCAAGACUUGCUUAGGAAACCAGAACAAUUCAACCUCUCUCCAGCUAAAGGUGGCAGAAACAGACCCAGAUAUGCAGAAGUCACACAGUCCUCCAUGGAUGAAACCAGAAAUUAAAAAAUCAACAGAGAGAAAAGAAAACAACCCUGAAGCAUUGGCUAAAAUCAAGGGAAAGACUCUGUAAACAUCACCCAGCUCUCUUUAAAACGUUCUUCAUUUGCUAUCGUCUUCAUCUUUUUAGUCCAGAGGCAUGAAAAUGUACCAGGUUUCUAAAGCAUGCAAUUUUUUCACUAUUUUAUGGAUGUUUGUAAAUUAGUCUAGACUAGAUUUCUGAAAUAGAUUGAUUAGUAUCUUUCAGCAAUAAUCCAAGAGAAAUGGAUGUUUGGGGGGGGGGGAAAUGCUUUGUAAUACAGUCCAGUUUUUUGAAAUAUUAUUCUGCCCUGAUCUGUAACUUGCU